UUUUUUCUGCAAUAGGGAAUUUUUCUUGCAACUCUAAGCUCGAAUUGAAAAUCACAUUAUAAAGCUAAAUACUGUGGUGAAUGGUAUAGAUUUAUUGAUCACGAUAAAAUGGCUGCAAUUAAAACGAAGAAGCGUAAAGUUUCUAAAAAAACAAAAAAAGCAUGGCGUAAAUAUACAGAUACAAAAGAUGUUGAAAAAUUUUUGGAAAAUUCACAAUUAGAAGAAAGGUUAGGUUCUUUCGCGAUUCACAAGGAUUCAGAAUUGUUUAGUAUUUCUACAGCACCUGAAAUACUUUCAAAGCAAAAACGUCGAGAAAUAUUAAAAUUGAAAGAACCACGAUGUUUUAAUAUUUUAAAACCUCAUACAGCUGUUCCAGAUCCAAUAACAAAAAGAAACCGUGUAAGAACUAAAGAUGAAAGAAAAAAUGCAUUAGUUUUAAAAAAAGAAGCUAUCAGAAAAUCUCAAAAUAUUUUGACAUUAAAAGAAAAGUUAAGAUUAAAAAACAAAAUGAUUGCAGCAAAAAAAAAAUUAAAUAAACCAAAAAGAGGUGAAUUUAAUACAAAUAUAUGGAAAGAAAAAAUUAUGAAAGACAUUAAUAUUGAUUGGAUGUCUUCGGACACAAUUAGACAUACAUUAACAUAUUUUGGAAUAAAAAAAAAGAGAGUACCUUCUUCUUUACACAAAAAACCUUCUAAUAUUCCAGCAGUUGAAGCUCCUCAUCCAGGUAUAUCUUAUAAUCCUUCAUUUGAAGAUCAUCAAAAGUUAUUACAUGAAGUGGCUCAAAAAGAAAUGGAACUUAUAAAAAAAGAAGAACAUCUGAACAGAGUUACCACAAAAAUGUUCAAAAAGGUUUCACCUAAAGAAAAAGAAAGUAACUUGAUAAAAGAAAUGUCAGAAGGUCUCAAAUUAGAAGAUAAUCAAGAUUUUAAUGAAGAUGAAAAUAAUGAUCCAAUAGUAAAAUCUAUAAAUCCAGCUGUUAAAAAUAAAAAAAAAACUCGUGUGCAAAGACGUAAACAAAAAGAACAGAAAAAUUUGGUACAUAAAAAGCAACAAGAAAAAGUAGAGAAAAAAAAGAUUUCAGAUAUAUAUAAAUUAAGAUUAUUAGAUAGACAGUUAGCUGCUAAAGAAAAGAAAGAAAAAGUAUUACAAGAAAAGAGAUUAAAAAAGAAAAUACUUAAAACAAUGGGUACUAAAACUCUCAGUAAAAUUAAAUUUGAACCUUUAGAACUUGAUUUUAAAUUAGGUUCAGAAUUAACUGGAAAUUUGCGGAAUUCUGAACCAACUGGUAAUUUAUUGAAAGAUAGAUUCAAAUCUCUUCAACAAAGAAAUAUCAUUGCUCCUGCUAAUAUCAGAUUAAAACGAGACAAAGCUAAAGUAAAACGUUUUAUAAAAUCAGAUCAUAAAAUUGAUGUGAUGAAAGUAAAAUAAUUUAUAAUAUAUAUUUUUAAUAAAUAGGUUAAAUAAAAAAAAUAAUAAACU